UAUUAUCAAUAAAAGUGAUUUGUCCGUCACAUGGUAAUUCGUUUCGUUUAAAAGUUUUAAUAUUUAUUUUUUAAACUACGCUUAACAUUAACAGAUUUUGUUUAACUUUAAUUUUGAUAAAACAUUAUUAGUACUCGUAAACAGUUAAUAACAAUACCUACAUUUAACAAUGCCAACCUCUUGUUGUGUACGAGGUUGCAAGAGUAAGGGCAAUGGUAAAAUUAAGUAUUUCAGAUUUCCAAAGGAUGAAAACCGUAGACUACAAUGGAUACAAGCACUUCACAGAGAAAACUUUGUUCCUACAAAUAAUACUUUGAUUUGUGAAGCACAUUUUACUACUAAUGAUUAUCAAAAAAGGCCUGAUCUUAUUAAAUUAACUAAUACAGCUGUUCCAAGUAUUUUCAAUAAUCAGGAUAACGAAACACAGAAUACUUCUCAUAAAAGAGUGACUAUGGAUUCAGAAUUAAAAUCCUCUCGAUUGCCUGCAAGGAAACGUCAUAGUAAUUUAUCAGACCAUACUUAUGUGCUAAAACUUCCUGAGGAACCAAUUGUAUCUGAAGAUAAAGGUUUUCAAAAGACAAUUACUCCAUCAAAACAUGUAGUUCAUACUUUACAUGCCGGUGAAUCGCAUAUGUCAGAUGUAUCCAAAUCAAAUAUACAAACAUUAAAAAAUAUUGAAAAUUCUGGCUGUGAAAUACCUGAUAAUGUUAAAAUCACUAUUCAACCCUCACAGAAAAAUUGGGAAAACAUUGCAAUGACACAAAAAAAAACUAUACAUGAUUUAAGAAAAAAAGUAAAAGUUCUAAAUCAAAAAAUUAGACGUUAUGGCUCAACAAUUGACUAUUUAAAGGGACAAUUGGACAUAAUGAUUCGGUUUUGAAAUCAAAUAUCUAUAAUUAAUAUGAUUACAAAUGUUUAAAGGAUUUCAAUUUUAAAGUUGAAUUUAUAAAAUUAGAAUUAUCAAAAAUUAAACGACAUCUAUAUUAUGUUACUUUUAAAACAAUCAUAAAUUAAUAUAAUAACUAUUAAAA